UGAAACCCGAGAUUCAGCAGGAUAUUAUAAACUUGAUAGCAAACCCAGAUAUUUCUCGAAGAAAUCAUACACCACCUGAGGUUAAAAGAAAAUGCAAUGCUAGAAAAAAACUAAUUUUUAAUAAUACCGCAUCUGAGUCCUCGUCUUCAUCUGGUUCUGACUUUGAAUCUUCUAGCGAUGGUGAAGAUUUUACUAUAGGUGUGGAGUUUGCCCAUGCUUGCGAUAAUUUACCACAACAUAAUUUUGUACUAGUGAACUAUGGUUAUUGGUGUUGUGGCGUAGACACUCUCCAGCGAUUGUCAUUAUAUGUGCUGGAUUUUGAGCUCCGU